AUGGACCAGAGGGAGUCGUCUGUCGAGCUGUGGCUUGAUGCAGGGCUGGUAUUUGGUGUAGGAGAUGUGGGUGAGGAUGUGGAGCGGAGGAAAGGUGGCCGAGAGGAGAUUGAAGGAGAGUUAGGCGAAGUGCUGGUGCGAACCGGUGCGAACCGUGGGCUCAAUGGUGUGGAGGAAGACGAUGUCGAGAUCGGCGAGUCUGAGGGCGAGGUAGUGGAGGAAGCGGGGAGGUUGGUGAUUCUGAGGCUGGUGGGGUUGCUGGGUGGAGGAGAGUGA